AUGCAAUCCAUUUAUGACCAAUCAUAUUCAUCAUCACCACUUUACAGAACUCAAAAGACGAUACAAAAAAAGAAGAGCAAAAAGAUCAUAUUGGGUAAACCAUCAAGUAAAGAAAAGAUGACAGUAGAAGAAUUGAAAGCGCUGAGUAGACAAGUGAAAUUACCAGAAAAAGAAGAAACAGACGAUAUUGUGUCGAUUAGUCGUCAUCUAAGACAUAAUUUAACCAAAGCAAAAUACAAAAUGAUGGAUAAUCUAAGAAAAUCAAAUAGUGAAAUCUAUGAAUACCUUUUAAAGAAUGAUAGUAAAAUGACUUGUCCUUCUUUAUCCGAUGAUGACUGCAGUAGUGUUAGUAGUAGUAAUACAAUUGAACCUGCUCCUCCUGUUAUCACUGUGAAUGAUAUCGCAAACCUAUGUUCAAUCCUAUAUACCCCCAUGUACAGUUCAAUGCUGGAUUUAAACUUGCUAUUGAGGCAACAAUCGACAAUUGAAUCACAUCAAGAGAAUCUUGAAAUUACAGAAGAUCAAAUCAAUUCUUGGUUACAGCGUGGCGGUGGCGGUACGAUUAGCUCAAUCCCCUCUUUAGCGACUGAUCAAGAAUUGGCAGAUUUGCUUGAUUUCGAUAGUUAA